GUCAUCGGAUAUCUCUCCUCUUUCUCGGUUUGCCGUUUACUCAGAAUGUCUACUAUUCAGUUACUGAGAUCGUUCGUCAGCCAGCGACUGACGGUGGCUGUCGAGGAAAUAAUAGGGAUGUUUGAAAAAACAAUUAGUGAGUACGAGGAGGAGAUCGACCGGCACCGCAGUUUACUGGUUACCGAGCAGCUACCCACCAUCAAGACAGAGUUACACACCGAAAGAGGUGUGUCUCAGGACAUCCAGUCGGUGAUUGUCAGUGCAGAGGUUCCCACUGAGAAGCAGCAUCUGGAUGAGGAGGAUCCAGAACCCAAAUGCAUUAAAGAGGAGCAGGAGGAAGUCCGGAGCAGUCAGGAAGUAGAACAGUUUCAAGAACUGGAGGAAGUUGAUAUUCCAGGGUUCCACUUGCAUCCUGUCACUGUGAAGAGUGAAGAUGAUGAAGAGAAUCCUCAGUUCUCACGGCUUCAUCAAAGAGCUGAAGAGCAGAGAAAGGCAGAUCCUCCAGCCAGCAGCUCAGCUCAAAACCCAAAAGCUGGAGCUGUUGGAGGGGAAUGUGGAAGAUCAGAAUCAGCCUUUGACUUGGAUGUUGCUGGUUUUUUAAAAGCAGCCAGUGAUGGCCAGUUUUUUCUCUCACAGUGUUUUAAACCCGAGACUGAUGAUUUGGAUAACUGGAACCAAAUGAUUGAAUCUCAGCCAUUUUCAGUUGCAGUAAAAGACAAGGAAGACGUGUCUCAUAACAGAUCUCAUAAUCAGAAAAAACUCUAUAGGUGUCCAGCAUGUAGCAAAACAUUUAAGCACAACACAGCUCUGCAGAGACACAUAACAUGCCAUACAGGGGAGAGGCCUUUCGACUGUACUGAGUGUGGGAAGACAUUUAGGCAAAAGGGAAGUUUGCAUAUACAUAUGAGAAGACACACUGGAGAAAAGCCUUUUUGUUGCCUGGUUUGUGGUAAAAACUUCACCCAGAGUGGAACAUUAGCUGCACACAUGAGAAUCCAUACUGGUGAGAGGCCUUUCAGCUGCUCAGUAUGUCAGAAUAGGUAUAACGAAAGAGGGACACUGGUCAGACAUAUGAGAGUCCACACAGGAGAGAAACCAUUUACUUGCACACUUUGCGGUAAAAGAUUUAGUGAAAAGGGAAAUCUGAAUAAACACAAGAGAAUCCACACAGGGGAGAAACCAUUCAUUUGUAGUGUUUGUGAGAAAACAUUUAGUUUGCUGUCACACCUUAAAAACCACAAAUGUCCUGGUAAAAAAAAUCACUGAGGCUGUAGAGUAGGCGCUUCAGCUGAAAUGUCCAAAAGUUACAGUGCAAUUAACCGGAGCGAUAUAAUGAGUCCGUCACUCAAGAAGAAAGCCUUCUAGUCAUUGUUUCUUCAGAGUUCAGGCAUUUUAUUGAAUCUGAGUCCAGUGUUAAUUGACUUGUCAAAUCCUUUUAAAUCCCUUAUCCAAUCUAAUUACAUACAUAUACAUAUAAGAACAGUUAGAAACAUUACAGUACAACUCAUUGUAAUGUACUGAU